UGUCACCCACAUCCGCACAAAGCUCUCUGGGAAAGAGAGUCCACUCGCUAAAUAAUUCAAGCCUGUUCUCUUCGCUGUGAACAAGAUGCCGGGCGUCCAUAAAUUGCUUUUAGAGGAGGCUUUGCAGGACAGUCCUCAGACUCGCUCCUUGCUCAGUGUGUUUGAGGAAGAUGCAGGAACACUCACAGACUACACCAACCAGCUGCUUCAGUCUAUGCAGAGGGUGUAUGGAGCCCAGAGUGAGAUGGGAUUGGCUACAGAACAGCUGUCCAGACAGCUACUGGAAUAUGAGAAGCAAAAUUUUGCCCUUGGUAAAGGUGAUGAGGAGGUGAUCAGCACACUGCAGCAAUUUGCCAAAACUGUGGGGGAGCUGAACACACUACACUCAGAGCUGGCCUCUCAGAUGGCUGACAGAAUGAUUUCCCCCAUGAUCCAGUUCAGAGAGAAAGACCUUACAGAGAUAAGUACUUUAAGAGAAGUAUUUGGCAUCGCCUCUGAUGAGCACGAGGCUGCCAUGGUCAAGUACAGCAGACUGCCCAAGAAGAAGGAGAAUGAGAAGGUGAAGGCAGAGUUGGUGGGGGAGGUGGCCUACUCCAGGAGGAAGCAACACCAGGCCUCCAUGCAGUAUUACUGUGCCCUCAAUGCCCUGCAGUACCGCAAGAGAGUAGCUAUGCUGGAGCCCAUGCUAGGAUACACACAGGCCCAGAUCCAUUUCUAUAAGAAAGGCAUGGAUCUAGUCUCCAAGAAAAUGGACAGCUUCCUGGUGUCAGUGUCCAGCAUGACACAAAGUAUCCAGGCUCAGUUGGACUCGGAGGCUGAGGCCAUGCGUCUGACCCAGCGAGAGCUGCUCUCCAUGGAGGAUACUGUGUACAUGCCCGACCGUGACCCCGUCCCAGUCAACCGCACGCUUAUACAGAAGGCAGGCUAUCUCAAUAUCAGGAAUAAGACGGGCCUGGUGACAACAGCCUGGGACCGCCUUUACUUCUUUACCCAGGGAGGGAACCUCAUGUGCCAGCCACGAGGGGCUGUGGCAGGGGGCAUGGUGCUGGACCUGGAUAACAGCUCCGUCAUGGCCGUAGAGUGCGAGGACAGACGCUACUGUUUUCAGAUCACCUCCCCCUCCGGUAAAACGUCAAUGAUUCUACAAGCAGAGAGCAAAAAGGAAUACGAGGAAUGGAUUUGCACUUUGAACAACAUUUCCAGACAGAUCUACCUGACUGACAACCCUGAGGCAGUGGCCAUCAGACUGAACCAGACAGCCAUUCAGGCGGUCACGCCCAUCACCAGCUUUGAGAGGAGAGGAGAGGGCUCGCCCAACCCAGACAGGGCUAAGCCAGGUGGGGUGAAGUCCUCUAUCAGUAAGUCCCAGAAGAGCUCCAGUGCUCCAGUGGCAGAGGACCUUAUAGUUCCAGGGACACCCAUCCAGUUUGACAUCAUGCUGCCUGCCUCGGAGUUCCAGGACCAGAACCGGGUUGGAGGGAGGCGUACAAACCCAUUCGGAGAAACAGAUGACGACUGCUCCCCUGAAAGCGAUGACUCCCUGCUGCAGCAGGUGUUUGCGGUGCGGUUCCUGGGCUCCAUGGCGGUGCGUUCGGGACAAACCCAGGAAGUGAUCUAUGAGGCCAUGAGACAGGUGCUGGCGGCUCGAGCCAUCCAUAACAUCUUCAGAACCACAGAGUCCCAUCUCAUGGUCACCAGCAGCUGUCUCAGGUUGAUUGACCCCCGGACACAAGUCACAAGAAUCAGUUUCCAGCUACAGGAGGUGACCCAGUUUGCGGCCCACCAGGAGAACGGCAGGCUGAUGGGCUUCGUGGUUGAGGGGCGAGACUGGAGCGAGGGGACCGAGGAGGGAGAGCCCUCCUUUAGUGCGUUUGUCUUCGAGAGCAACACGGAGGGAGAGAAGAUAUGUUACACGAUAAGCUUGGGGAAGGAUAUUAUAGAAGCAAAGAAGGACCCAGAGGCUCUAGCUCAGCUGAUGAAAAACAUGCCUCUGACCAACGAUGGCAAGUUCCUCCUGCUGGACAGCGAGACGGGUGACACGGCUAACGGAGGAGCACCGGAUGAGGAGGAGUCUGAGGCCUAGCCAUGCCUCAUAGUACCAGGACCAGGGGAGAGCGAGUCAGAGGUUCUCCCACAAAACGCCUCCUCACGUGGGGUUGCGAUGUUCUCAUGAGCCCUUCCCCCUGGCUCUAGUCUGGUACCUGUUGACCAGGAAACCCCCCUGGGUUUAUAUGGUGUAUCUCUCUCAUGACCACUGAAGUGAUGUACAGUUACUUAUACAAAAGGGACAAUGUUUAGGUUGACUAUUUCAUCCCUUUAUUUUCCCUGGUGGAAUUAAUAUCCUCAGCCAUCCUGUCAGUUUAAAUCCCUUUCUCCAGCAUGAAUAGGUUUACAUUUCAUAGCUUUGAGUUUAGUGGUACUAUUGUGUUAAUAAUGCUGCAGUAUAAUAUUGUGUAGAGAUGGCUGGCUAUGAUGACUUACAUGUAGGUCUUGUCAGCAGCACUUCAUAUCACAUUUAUACUGUACAUCUUUCAUUCCAACGAGACCAUAAUGCACUUCCAAGGUUUCUAUUUAAUCAAAGGCUUGAUGUCUGUAGCAGAAUGCACUGACUUCAGAUAUUAUCCGGCAACAUUUAUGAAGUAAGGUUUUAAUCCGAAUGAAGGAAGGACAGGUGAAGGUACUGUAUAGUCAGAAUUUUGGCGUACCAUGUGACGCUAAACUCCCAUUCCUUGUUGUCUGGGAGGCAGCGAUAAUGAAGAACGUGACAAUGAACCAACCAUAUGUGUCUUCGAACAGUGGGCAUGGUGGCAUAGAAGCCUGUUUGGGAGUAUGAAUGAGUCAUGGUAGGGCAGAAACCAUACAGUAAGAUGAUAGGCACAUUGUCCCGUCCAUUUCCUUAAUGCUAUUUUGUAUUUUAUAAACCACUACCUAUAGAA